UAAAGAAGAAGAAGAAGGAGGAGGAAGUUCUCGCUCCGGCCGCAGCCAACAUGGCGACGGAAGAUGACCAGAAUAACUACUUUGUGAGAGAAAUUGAGAAAAACGACGGUUCUACCCUGAAAGUGAAGCAGUGCUACAUGGGGGAUGUUGGCUGUGUGGUUUGGGACGCAGCCAUUGUUCUUGCAAAGUAUUUAGAGACUAAACAGUUUUAUGAGCCGUCCGCAGGAGUGAAUAUGUGGGCUGACAGGAGAGUGGUAGAGUUGGGAGCAGGGACAGGAGCUGUUGGUUUGAUGGCAGCAACACUGGGAGCUCAAGUUACUGUGACAGACCUGGAGGAUUUGCAGACACUGCUGAGAGUGAACAUCAAAGAAAACCAAACACUCACCAGCAGCGGAUCCAUAACUGCCAAGGUACUGCAAUGGGGUGAAGACGUGUCUGACUUCCUGCCACCUCCACACUACGUCCUUAUGGCAGACUGCAUCUAUUACGAGCAGUCUAUUGCUCCACUGGUGGAGACGUUGAAGCUGCUUGCAGGACCAGAGACCUGCAUUAUUUGCUGCUAUGAGCAACGCACUGAAGGUGUCAACCCAAAAGUGGAAAAGCAGUUUUUUGAGUUGCUGGAGCAAAGCUUCAACUGUGAGGAGAUCCCUUCAAGCAAACAAGACCCAGAGUUUAGUAGUCCCGACAUCCACAUCCUGCACAUCAGAAGAAAAGUCUGAGUUUGUGUGAUGAAUAUGUGCCUACGAUUAGUAGUGUUCCAACCUAAUACCACACGGAAACUGGGAUACUGAAAUAGAAAUCUUAAAGUCUGUACCGGCAUGUGUAGAAUAUUCAAUACAUUGUAAUUUCUGUUGUCUUUUUAAAAAAAACAUUUUUUUAAAGGAAAGUAUGUCCUAAUAUAUCACUGAACAUUGUUCUGAUGUGUGAUCAGAAUAAAUGUAUUUAUAAAAAAUGGUGAACCCA